AUGAAUAGAAAGAGAAAAGCAGAAGGCUUACCGUUGAUCAGCGAACCUAUUCUUCCAGCUGAUGCUGAAGCUGAGAAUUUACUUUCACAGAAUGGCAUAUCUUCCGCGGCUAAGAAAAUUGACCCCGUCACAAUUCCAACAAAGGACCACGAUGGACCUUAUCAUCAUACACCCCCACACUCAAAGCCUUUAUCUACAUCCUCGUCCCGAGCAUCUAGCGCCUCACGCUCUGGCUCAAAAACUGCCUCGAAGGGUAAAGCCUCACAAUCAAUCCCUUGGCCCUCAGCGUUCAAAAGCCUGUCUCAAACCCACCGCGCCUUAAACCUUGUAUACACCUUUUGCUGCACCAGAAAGCACUUCGCGACGACUUUUGAGAAAAUCAAAUCUGCUGUUGAAUCUCAAACUGGCGGGAGGCAGCUGACUGUUGAAGAUGUAGCUAAAGUAAAGGUACUCGUUCCGCAUUCAGUCAGGUUUGAGACCGUGGAUGCCAGGGUGGUGAAUGUUUUGGGAAUUCCAGAGGCAAAAAAAAUCAAACUAGGAAAAGCUUGGGAUGAUUGGGAAACGGAAGGUAUGGGUAUUGAUCUUAAAGAUCAACAGGGUAUAGGGGAAGAAGAAAAUGCCGAUGAAGUUUUAUUGUUUGAGUUUGUUGAUGGCAAUCUGAGAAAGGAAAAAGGUGAAGGGGCUGAAGUCCGUAACCCAUGGGAAGAUAGCAUAAGAAUGCCGGUUUAUGAUCGGAAGCACAUGCUAUCUUUAAUUGAGAAGAGGAACAAAAAGUUCUCUGAUGCCAUUGAUGCGUUUCUUGCCAGAUGCCAAGAGGAGAAAGUAGACCCAGUCACAAAGCUUGAAGCCGAAAAGGAUUUCUACAUCCCCGUCUUUGGGACAUCCGGGACUAACACACCCGCUGUUUCUAAGCUACCUCCACAAAUACCCACAGAACGAAAAUCAAUAUCUGAUAUCCUCAUUGAAAUUCGUGAGCAGGAUUGGUACACUGGGCAGAUUGUUCCAGAUGGCCACAGGGUGAUUGAUGCCCAGCAACCAGUGUACGGAGAUUUGACUUUUCAACUCUCGCAAAACGUCGUCAACGCACUAUAUAACACUAAAGGGAUCACGCAGUUAUAUUCUCACCAGGCUGAAGCCAUUAAUAAUCUCCAUGACGGUCAUGACGUGAUAGUGUCUACGUCUACUAGCUCUGGAAAGUCUCUGAUAUAUCAGAUUCCAAUGCUGUGCGAAUUGGAAAAAGAUUUCGAUAGCAGAGGAAUGUAUAUUUUCCCUACCAAAGCCCUAGCGCAGGAUCAGCGGCGAAAUAUGCAGGAACUGAUGCAAUAUAUGCCUGGCUUGGAAUAUACCAUGAUUGAAACAUUCGACGGCGACACUCCAAUGGAGCGAAGAAACGCAAUUCGUGAUGAAGCUAGAAUUAUCUUUACCAAUCCUGAUAUCCUCCAUAUCACCAUACUACCGAAAGAAUCUUCAUGGCGCAGGUUCCUCCAAAAUCUGAAGUUCGUGGUUGUUGAUGAACUUCACGUAUACAAUGGCCUGUUCGGAUCUCAUGUUGCAUUCAUCAUGCGACGACUGAGGAGAAUAUGUGCAGCUUUGGGAAACCAUAAUGUGAGAUUUGUGUCCUGUUCUGCGACCGUCGCAAACCCAGAGGCACAUAUGAAAACUAUAUUCGGUGUUGAAGACGUUAAACUGACAGACUUUGAUGGAUCACCUUCUGGCCGUAAAGAGUUUGUUUGUUGGAAUACCCCCUUCAAUGAUCCAAAUGACCGCAAGUCUGGCCGUAGUACAUCCAUUUUGGAAUCUGCCAGGCUUUUUUGCCAGCUUAUUCUCCGAGGUGUUAGAGUUAUAGCCUUUUGCCGUAUUCGAAAAGAGUGUGAAAUGCUGCUAAGCGAAGUAAGGAACCAACUCCGUUCUUUAGAUAGAUCAAAUGUUGCCAAGUUCGUUAUGGGCUAUAGGGGCGGCUAUAGUCCGCAAGAUCGGCGCCAGAUUGAGCGAGAGAUGUUCGAAGGAAAGCUGCUGGGAAUUGUUGCGACAAAUGCUCUUGAACUGGGUGUUGACAUAGGCUCUUUGGACGCGGUGAUCACCCAUGGGUUUCCAUACUCUAUAUCAAACUUGCGUCAGCAAAGUGGACGCGCAGGGCGAAGAAACAAAGACUCUCUUUCAAUUCUAGUUGCUGAUCGGCAUGGAGUCGAUCAGCAUUACAUGCGCAACCCCGAUGAGCUCUUUACAAAGCCGAAUUGUGAAUUACAGGUUGAUCUACGCAAUGAAUUGGUGGUCGAAGGCCAUUUGCAAUGCGCGGCGUUUGAAAUACCGGUCCGCCCUGAGGAUGAUACGAAGUACUUUGGUGCUCAGAUAACCGAACUAGCUUGCACUCGGUUGGUGCGAGAUAAUAUGGGAUAUUACCAUUGCCAUGAGCGCUUCCGUCCUCAUCCUGCCCGUUGCGUUCAGAUUCGUGAUGUACAACAGGAAACCUACGCUGUCAUUGACACAACGAACAAUCGCAACGUUGUCAUUGAAGAGAUAGAAGACAGGCGAGUCUCUUUCGAGAUCUAUGAAGGUGCUAUAUUCCUCCAUCAAGGCCAUACAUACAUGGUUCAAGAACUAAAUACAGAUCGACGCUUUGCCCGGGUCGUUCGUGUCCAAGUCGAUUGGACAACAUCACAACGGGAUUUUACUGACGUCGAUCCGAUAGAAACAGAGGCAAUACGGCGUAUCAGCGGCACCUCUAACUCAAGAGCUUUUUUCGGCUCCAUAAAGAUAUGCACUCUUGUGUAUGGAUAUUUCAAAGUGGACAAACAACGCCGGAUACUCGAUGCAGUCGAGCUCAAUAACCCACCAAUAAUUGUCUUCAGUAAGGGUAUGUGGCUCGAUAUACCGAAACAGGCGCUUGAUAUCCUCGCUUCUCAUAAUUUGAAUGCUGCUGCUGCCAUUCACGCGGCCGAACACGCAGUGAUGUCGCUCCUGCCGACGUUUAUCAUUUCUUCCCCGAGUGAUAUUCGUACAGAGUGCAAAGCUGCCGCCAAAGAAUUUAAACGUCCCCCCAAAACCUCGAAUGGCCGUAAACAGGAGCUCCACCCACCUCCACGCCGUCAGCGCCCGGCCAGGUUGACGUUUUAUGACGCUAAAGGCGGUGCAGCUGGCUCAGGCAUUGCAUCAAAAGCCUUUGAAUUUGCUGAUUCUUUGCUUCGUCGCGGACUUGAUCGGAUUGAGUCAUGCGUUUGUGUCAGUCCGCGUGGGUGUCUCGAAUGUGUCUGUGACGAACGAUGUCCAGAGAUGAAUGAAGUGAUAAGUAAAGUUGGGGCCGUGGUGGUGCUUAAGAGCCUCCUGGGAAUCGAGAUCGAUGUGGAUGCGUUGCCAUGGGGUGAAGGCGAGAUGGAUUCAUCCAUAGGAGAUGGAGGAAGAGAGCUACCUGCCGGAGUGAGAACGGUAAUUGAGGCAACAGAAGUGAAAGGGAAAGCCGGCGAAGUGAAGAUGUAUGAAUGA